GUGCACACAGGCAAGAGAGCAUGAAGCAAUUGAAAGGCUGCAAAGGAUGUUGAUGCAACCAACUCCAAGGUUGUUUCUCGAGGGGAAUUUAGGAAUCUGGUGAUGAAUCGUUGUCUCUGAAGGUUUGUUCCGCCUGUUCCGAGUUGAAGGGAGGGUCGGGGUCCUGUGCGGCGGACUGAGGGGAGAGAGUUCUUUCUUCGGGAACGUCCUCUUCUAUCAGCCGCUGGCAAGUAUUGGAGGUUCUAAAUAGUUCCCGGGUGCCACCUGAGCACUGCCUGUGCUGAUCGCAGCCAUGGCAGAUGCCAAGGAUCAAGAGGCAGUAGCAGUGGAUGUGGCCGCCCUAGAAGAGAAGGAGUCUGGGGGUAACAAAGAGUUCGGGGGGCCCAAGGAUGUGGAUGAGAAGCCAUUUGAGUUCUCUGAGGGUCUCACUUCAGAUCAGGCCAAGGAGCUUUUGCACAUCCAUGGCAAGAACGAGCUAGAGGAGAAGGUCACUCCCAGCUGGCUAGUCUACCUUAAGCAGCUGAAGGGCCCAAUGCCCAUUAUGAUCUGGAUCGCUAUCAUUGUGGAGGCAGCUAUCCAGAAUUGGCUGGACAUGGGCAUCCUGCUAGGCAUCCAAUUUAUCAAUGCGACUAUCGGUUGGUAUGAGACUACGAAGGCUGCCAAUGCUGUUGCUGCGCUGAAGGCUUCCCUGAAGCCAUUUGCAACAGUAAAACGUGAUGGCAAAUGGCAGCAGAUUGAUGCCAGGGUGGUCGUUCCGGGAGACCUCGUUGGUCUCAAUGCGGGAGCAGCAGUCCCAGCAGAUUGCAGGGUUAAUGAGGGUCGCAUUGAGGUGGACCAGUCUGCUCUUACGGGAGAGUCUCUUCCUGUCACGAUGCGCCGUGGUGAUGCGCCCAAGAUGGGAUCUACUAUCACCAGGGGGGAGGUGGAAGGCACUGUGGAGUUCACGGGCAAGAACACUUUCUUCGGCAAGACUGCGACAAUGUUGCAGACUGUGGACGAGCUUGGCAACUUGCAGAAGAUUCUGCUGAAGAUCAUGUUUGUCCUGGUCGUCAUUUCACUGACGCUCUGCUUCAUCGCACUUCUGUACCUCAUCUUUGACAAGGAUACAAGCUUCAAGAAGGCUCUAUCUUUUGUGGUGGUCCUGCUGGUGGCGUCCAUCCCCAUUGCUAUUGAGAUUGUGUGCACUUGCACUCUGGCCCUGGGGUCCCGUCAACUGGCUGCGAUGCACGCCAUCGUCACUCGUCUGGUCUCCAUCGAGGAGAUGGCUGGCAUGAACAUGCUCUGUUCUGACAAGACUGGCACUCUCACCCUUAACAAGAUGGUUAUCCAGGACGAGUGCCCCAUUUACACUGCCGGCGUGACUCGCGACGAUGUCAUCCUGGCUGCCGCUUUGGCUGCCAAGUGGAAGGAGCCUGCCAAGGACGCCCUUGAUACCAUGGUGCUGGGAACUGCCCCCCUGGCCAAGUGCGACGAAUAUCAGCAGGUUGACUACAUGCCGUUUGAUCCCAGUGUUAAGAGGACUGAGGGAACUUUGGUGGGUCCUGAUGGCAAGAAGUUCAAGACGACCAAAGGCGCUCCGCAGAUUAUCAUGAACCUCUGCCACAACAAGGCUGAGAUUGCCAAGGAGCUGGAGGCGACUGUGUAUUCGUUUGGGCUGCGCGGUAUCCGCUGCCUCGCUGUCGCUCGCACCAUGGAAGGCACUGAUGAUCAGUGGGAGAUGCUGGGAAUUUUGACCUUCUUGGAUCCUCCUCGUCCUGACACCAAGAGGACCAUUGAGAGGGCAAUGGAGUAUGGCGUUGGCGUUAAGAUGAUCACGGGUGACCAGGUUGUGAUUGCGUGCGAGACUUCGCGCACCCUGGGCCUGGGCACCAACAUCAAGGGCGCCCAGGGCCUGCCUGACAUGGCCAAGGACGGCAAGAUCCCCAAGGACCUCGGGAAGAAGUACGGGAAGAUGAUUGCUGCAGCGGAUGGCUUCGCUCAGGUUUACCCGGAGCACAAGUACCUGAUUGUCGAGACCCUGCGUCAGGAGGGUUACACUGUGGGCAUGACGGGGGAUGGUGUCAACGAUGCCCCCGCCCUCAAGAGGGCGGACGUUGGAAUUGCUGUCUCUGGUGCCACUGAUGCCGCUCGUGCUGCGGCUGACAUUGUGCUGACGUCCCCCGGGUUGAGCGUUGUUGUGGAGGCCAUCAUCAUUGCCCGCUGCAUCUUCCAACGAGUGCUCAGCUUCAUCAACUACAGAGUGGCUGCCACGCUGCAGCUGCUGUGCUUCUUCUUCAUCGCCGUGUUUGCGUUCCCCCCCACCGACUACGACAUGGGCGAGGAGAAUGAUACGAGGCCCAAGUUCUUCCAGCUGCCCGUGUUGAUGCUCAUGCUCAUCACGCUGCUCAACGACGGCACUCUCAUCACCAUCGGAUACGACUACGUCAUCCCCUCAAACAGGCCCGAGAAGUGGAACCUCAAGGUUCUGUUCCUGACGUCCUCCAUCCUGGCCGCCGUCGCCUGCGGCUCCUCCCUGCUGCUGCUGUGGUGCGCUCUGGACUCGCACAACCAGAGCGGCGUGUUCCACGCCUUUGGGCUGCCCCACAUUGAGUACGGCCAGAUUACCACGCUCAUCUACCUCAAGGUGUCCCUGUCCGACUUCCUCACUCUGUUCAGCGCCCGCACCCAGGGCUGGUUCUGGACGCAGCGCCCCGGCAAGCUGCUCAUGUUUGGCUGCUCCUUUGCUCUGACCAUCUCGACGAUCCUGGCCUGCGUGUGGCCCUCGGGCGAGCUGGACGACCUGGCGGUCAAGGGCCUGGCGCGCGGCAACUACAGCCUGUGGGCCAUCUGGGUGUGGAUCUACUGCAUCGUCUGGUGGUUCAUCCAGGACGCCGCUAAGGUGCUUGCGUACCGGCUCAUCUACAAGUACAACAUCUUCAACGCCCAGGCCGGGCGCAAGGUGUUGGUCAAGGACAUGAGCCACUACGAGGGGCACGAGAUGGAGGAGAAGCACGGCGACGACGUCGUGCAGCUCAGCUACAACGUCAAGACGGGCAAGGCCGUCGCUGCGGACCUCAAGAAGCACAUGGCCGAGAAUGGCGGCACCGGCACACCUGGGGCUAGCAUGCACGGCCACAUGGGCAAGGAGCUCGAUGCCAAGAUGACAGAGGACGAGCACGGCGAGAUCUACAUGACCGUCAGCUACUCAAAGCAGUCCGGAAAGGACGUGGCCAGGCAGCUCAAGGAGCAGCUCCGGAACAAGCAGUGAGGCAGGCAAGCAAGCGUAUGCGCUGGCAUAUCGAAGCCCUGCAGUGCACUUCCGAACUUCACGAACACAUCUUUCCAAGAAGUGCUUUUGGCAUCAGUCGGGUUACUUAUUAUAGGUAUGUUACAAGGUACAUGUAGGCGUUGCAUGAUAGUUUAUUCUUCGUCUGGGUCAGUUCGUGUGUUACUGGUCAGUCCAACGAUUCCAAGGCGAAGGGCGUUGAUUCCGUUGGCACUAUCAGUUAUUUUGAGCAUCUUCUACAGAUGUUCUUGCCAGGUCUUGUCUAGUCGCGGCACCGUUUAUAGAAGCGUUCAGGACUGGUUUUCACCCAGUGGGCUGCCAUAGAACCGAAGGGGCAGGGGGCUUGCUUUAGGUUGUAUGGGUGGAAAAAUUGGCACCUGUGUUCCACGUUCUUUACAAGUCAUCUUGUGUUUUCUUAGUUGCCGUCAUGAGCAUUUUCAUG